CCUAGCUCUGCAAGACUCAUUGCGAUCAGUCAUGGCAUUGGCCUUACAAGUUUGUGGUGAUCGUACCCACUUUUACGUGUAAUAGACAGAUACUCUCUUCUGCUCACUCGUAUAAGUAAUCCGUAUGCAUAUUGCGCUAGCUUUCUGGGAACCUGUUACCCCGCUUAUCCCGUACUUCUUGAACCCCAUUAGUUCAUUGACAGGGAACAGGCUCGCAAAUACUUGCCCUCCGCAUAGAAGCCAAGGGAGACACAAUCGGGCAAACAUCUCGGUGCGGCUUCGGAUUUGCAUAGGGCAUCGCCCCUGCAAACGAUGGCUAUAUAAGCAUCUCAGAGAACAGGAACAUUCUCCUCAAGACUACCCUAGACUUACGCAUCUUCCUCACUCGUACAUUCAGUUUCUCCUCAGCGGAUCAAGACUUACGACAUGCCAGCCCCCGCAACUAUGAAUGCACCUCAGCAUAUCUUACAACUCCUGUCUGAGCUUCACCAGAAGUCACUAGACCAGGAGGCUGUCCUCUCCAAGACCGGCAGAGUAUUUUCUUCUAAGGCUAUCGGCGACUUAGAAGACCAGCAUGGCCAGGGAGAGGCCGAGAACGAGUUUGAUAAGCUCAUGCUGGAUAAGUUCGUCGCACUGGAUGAAGACAAGUGCCGGUUUACGUACCAACUCAUCAACGCUAUGGGCGCCACCAACGUCGUGGAAGCCGGCACGAGCUUCGGCGUCAGCACCAUCUAUCUUGCGCUUGCCGUUGCUCGGACCAAGGCUACCACGGGCAAAUCUGGAACCGUAAUCGCGACGGAGAAAGAGAGUCAAAAAGCUGCGAUUGCGCGCGGCUAUUGGAAACAGUGCGGUUCGGUGGUCGAGCAAGAGAUUGACUUACGUGAGGGUGAUAUACUUGAAACAUUGAAGGAAAGGCUUCCGUGGGUUGACCUUCUCCUUCUUGACAUUUGGUCGGUGCUCGCUUUGCCGACGCUUAAGACAGUUCUUCCUCGACUACGACCUGGCGCGGUAGUCCUGACCGAUAACACGAUCUCAGCGGCGGAUGGAUACAAGCAUUUGCUGGAAUUCUUGCGAGAGCCGAAGAACGGCUUCCAGAAUAUGACUUUGCCAUUUGCCAACGGAUUUGAGAUGAGUGUUUAUCUGCCGGGAGUAGAAUAAGCUAGAUGUUAUGGGUAGCAAAAUGGAUUGAGGAAUCUUGCUGCGUUGCUGCGUUAUAAUACAGGGCUGUAUAUUUAUGCACUGAAUGACUAAUCAUAAAUGAUACAAAGAAUGUUUUAAUACUGUUUUCGAG